AUGCAAUACAUCAUCGGUGCUAGCAGCAUCUGGACUUCGUCCAAGGAAGUUUGGGCCGCGAUAUACGAUUACCCGCUCUUUUUUUUGGGGGGGAGGGUUGAGCGGGACCUUGGGUGUACCAGAGUUGGGAAGUCACCUAUCAUGAGCGGCGGUUUCAAAAAAAAAGUAGUCAGUUGGAUGCGAUGA